AUGCCGCAGUUACUGCGAAACAUUAACGGGAUCAUCGAAGCCUUCAGGCGCUAUGCCAGGAUGGAGGGUGAUUGCGCAGUGCUGGAAAGAGGGGAGCUGAAAAGGCUCCUGGAGAAAGAGUUCGCUGACGUCAUCGUGAAACCCCAUGAUCCGGCCACUGUGGAUGAAGUCCUGCGCCUGCUGGAUGAAGAUGACACAGGGACAGUGGAAUUCAAGGAAUUCUUGGUCUUGGUGUUCAAAGUCGCCCAGGCCUGUUUCGAGACACUGAGUGAGGGUCCUGAGGGAGCGUGUGGACCUCAGGAGUCUGGCCGUGAUGCCGCUGCAGCCACCCAAGAGCCAGGGGAAGGACAGAGAAGCAGCCCUGCAGUGGGAAGGCCUGGGAACAGGCAAGGCCCUGCAGGGAGCAGUGACGCACAGAGUGAGCAGGCUUCCGGGGGGCCGGGAGGGCCUGGGCCACAGACCCAGGGUCAGGACAUCAGCUCUGCUCAGAUCAGUCACCAGGACAGGCAGUUUGAGUCUCAGAGACAGGAGGGAGUGAGCCAGUCUACACAAGCAAGGGGUCACGUGGAGCAGGCCCAGAGAGUGCGAGAAGACAAGAGUCCUCAGACCAGAGAGAGGGGGACAGAGAGAGAGCCGCAGGCCAGGGAACAGGACAGAGCCCACCAGACAAGUGAGGCCGGCACUGGAACCAUAACUCAGACCCACACACGUACCACUCAGACAACACACACUCAUACCGUGGAGCAGGACAGGAGCCAUCAGACAGGAAGUGUCAGCACCCAGCCACGGGAGUCCACCUGCAGCCAGGCCAGGGGGACUGAGACCCACAGUCAAGACGGGUAUCAGACGAGACAGGUUGUGACAGGAGGACACAUUCAGACACAGCCGGGGUCACAAACCCAGACACACACUCAGACCAGGGAGCUUGACAGGAGCCAUCAGAGAGGAAACACUAGCAUCCAGUCACAGGAGUCCAUCAGAGGCACUGAGAUCCACAGUCAAGACGGGUAUCAGUCGAGACAGGCUGUGACAGGAGGACACAUUCACACACAGGGAGGUGCCCCCCAGGCCGUGGAACAGGACAGGGGCCAGAUUACAAGCCACACCACGGCAGGAGAACAGGGCCAGACCCAGAGGCAGUCAGGCAGUAGUCAAAGACAGACACAGGUGAGCAACUGCGAGGCAGGAGAGACAGUGCUGGGAGGGCAGGCCCAGACUGGGGCGAGCACUGUGACGGGCAGAAGGGACACGAGCGGUACCCACCCACCGUGCAGUGUGACAGGAGGUCAGGGAGAAAGAGAUCCCACCGCGGUUCAGCAGGAGUGGGUUGAUGACCACACAAGGGAGACAGUGAUCCGAAGGCAGGACCAGGGCAGUCUGCACGCUAGUGUCCCUUCAGCACAAGGCCGGGAGGCAGCCCAGCCAGAAGGGAAGCGAGGACUAACAGCUAGGGGACUGUAUUCCUACUUCAAAAGCAGCAAGCCAUGA